AUGGAUAAUUCAGAAGAGAAACAUGCUGCUAAUCCUGCUCACAAUGGCCGUGUGUGCAGCACAUGGGGCAACUUCCACUUCAAGACCUUCGACGGGGACAUAUUCACCUUCCCUGGGCUCUGUAAUUACGUUUUUGCCUCCCACUGCAACGCUCCCUAUGAGGACUUCAACAUCCAGAUUAGGCGUGAAGUGGUGGCAAACACUCCAACAAUCAACCACAUCACCAUGAAAAUCGAAGGUGUUGUUGCUGAACUAACAAAAGAUGCUGUCAUGGUCGAUGGCAACAGAGUUCAGCUGCCAUAUAGUCAAUCUGCUAUUACGAUAGAGAAGAGCAACAUUUAUGUGAAAGUCGGCAGCAAAAUCGGUGUUGUGUUAUUGUGGAAUGAAAAGGACAGCAUUCUGCUGGAAUUGAAUGAGAAAUAUGCCAAUCAGACUUGUGGACUUUGUGGUGACUUCAACGGCUUUCCCAUAUACAAUGAGUUCAUUUCAAACAAUAUUAAGAUGACAGCCUUGCAGUUUGGGAAUAUGCAGAAAAUGGAUGGGCCAACAGAACACUGUGAAGACUCCACUUCUAUCCCGACAUAUAACUGCUCUGAUAAUCUUGAUGACAUUUGUGAGAAAACAUUGACCAGCUCUGCGUUUGCAGACUGUAAUGACCUAGUUGAUGUUGAAGACUACAUCAAGAUUUGCCAAAAUGACUUGUGCCGCUCUGCAGAAUCUGAAAACAGCACAUGCAUCUGUGACACCUUCGCUGAGUACUCCCGGCAGUGUGCUCAUGCUGGUGGGCAGCCCCUGGACUGGAGAACUUCAAAACUGUGCCCCAAGGAGUGUCCUUACAACAUGCAGUACCAGGAGUGCAACUCCCCCUGUACUGAUACGUGCACGAAUCCUGAACGAUCUCUGUUUUGUGAAGAACACUGUAUUGAUGGCUGUUUCUGCCCCCCAGGGACUGUAUUUGAUGACAUCAACAACUCUGGCUGCAUUUCCCAGCAGGAGUGCUCCUGUAUUUACAAUGGCAAAACCUAUGCUACGGGAGCUUCUUUUUCAGAGCCAUGCCAGACCUGCACCUGUAAUGGAGGCCAGUGGAGCUGCCAAGACAAGUCAUGCCCAGGAACGUGCUCUGUCGUGGGAGGCUCCCACAUUUCCACAUAUGAUAAGAAGCACUAUGAUCACCACGGAGACUGCACCUACGUCCUCUCUAAGGACUGUAAAGAUGAAAAAUUUACCAUCCUGGCAGAACUACGCAAGUGUGGCCUGACCGACACCGAGACCUGCCUGAAGUCAGUGACCCUCAACAUGAAUAAAGGACAAACUAUCGUGGAGGUCAAACCUGAUGGCGGUGUGUUUGUGAACUCCAUCUACACCCAGCUGCCCAUGUCAGCAGCUAAUGUCACCCUGUUCAGACCUUCCUCAUUCUUCAUGAUCAUGGACACAAGCUUUGGCGUCCAGGUUGAGGUGCAGUUCACACCCGUGAUGCAAGUGUUUGUGCGUCUGGAUGCUUCUUUCAAAAACCACACUUGUGGUCUCUGUGGAAAUUUCAAUAACAUCCAAACUGAUGACUUCAAGGUCAUAAGUGGAAUAAUUGAAGGAACAGCAUCAGCAUUUGCUAACACAUGGAAAACUCAGGCUUCAUGCCCUAAUAUCCAGCAGAGUUUUGAGAAUCCUUGUGCACUCAGCAUUGAUAAUGAAAAAUACGCUCAGCAUUGGUGUGGACUGCUCACUAACAGCACAGGACCUUUUGCUGCUUGUCACUAUGCAGUGAAUCCCGCUGUUUACCACACGAACUGCAUGUUUGACACAUGUAACUGUGAAAAUAGUGAGGACUGUCUGUGUGCAGCUCUCUCUGCCUAUGUGAGAGCUUGUGCUGAAAAAGGAAUCCAGCUGCAGGGAUGGAGGACUGAUGUCUGCACAAAAUACACCACCUCAUGUCCCAAAUCCCUGAGCUACAGCUAUACCAUCUCUUCCUGCCAGCCCACCUGCCGCUCUCUGAGUGAGCCUGAUGUCACAUGCAGCAUCAAGUUUGUCCCAGUUGAUGGCUGUACCUGCGUAAAUGGAACCUACAUGGAUGACAGUGGCAAAUGUGUGCCUGCUAAUGAAUGCCCCUGCUACUACAAAGGGUCUCCUGUACCAUUUGGAGAAGUGGUCCAUGAAAGUGGGCAUGUAUGCACUUGUGUCCAGGGAAGACUGAAUUGCAUUGGAGCACCAAAUCCUACUUCAGUCUGUGAAUCUCCCAUGGUCUACUUUGACUGUCAAAACAACACAGCAGGAACAACUGGAGCAGAAUGUCAAAAAAGUUGCCAGACUCUGGAUAUGCAGUGUUAUAGCUCACAAUGUACAUCUGGCUGCAUAUGCCCAGAUGGGCUUGUGUUAGAUGGGAAGGGUGGUUGUAUUCCUGAAGACGAAUGUCCAUGUAUUCACAAUGAAGCCAUGUACCAGCCUGGGGAAAAGAUCAACUUCGACUGUAACACCUGUGUAUGCAAGAAUAGGAAGUGGGAAUGCACCAAAGAUCAAUGUCUGGGCACUUGUACUGUUUAUGGAGAUGGUCAUUAUAAUACCUUUGAUGACAAAAGAUUCAGCUUCAAUGGAAAUUGUGAAUACACACUAGUCCAGGAUCACUGUGGGAAAAGUGGAGCAGUCAACGGGACCUUCAGGGUUGCCACUGAAAAUGUUCCUUGUGGCAACACUGGGACAACUUGCUCAAAGUCUAUCAAAGUUUUCUUAGAGAGCUAUGAGCUGAUCCUGAGUGAAGAGAGUGUCAGUGUCGUAAAGAGAGGAGAGAAUGAUGAGGUGCCAUACACAGUCCGCUAUAUGGGGAUGUACCUGGUCAUUGAGACCAAAAACGGGCUGAUCCUCAUGUGGGACAAGAAAACCAGCAUCUUCAUCAAGCUCAGCCCUGGUUUCAAGGGCCAGGUCUGUGGUCUCUGUGGAAAUUAUGAUGGUAACAGCGUCAAUGACUUUACUACAAGGAGUCAAUCUGUAGUAGAGAAUGUCCUAGAGUUUGGAAACAGCUGGAAAGUAUCCUCUACAUGCCCUGAUGCUUCCAGUGUCAAGGACCCAUGUUCUACCAACCCUUAUCGGAAAUCCUGGUCAGAGAAGCAGUGUAGCAUCAUCAACAGCAAUGUCUUUGCUGCCUGUCACUCCCAGGUUGAACCAGCAAAAUAUUACCAAGCAUGUGUGACAGAUGCUUGUGCCUGUGACACUGGAGGAGACUGUGAUUGCUUUUGUACAGCAGUAGCUGCCUAUGCUCAAGCAUGCAGUGAAGUUGGUGUAUGCGUAGCCUGGAGAAGCCCAACAAUUUGUCCACUGUUCUGUGAUUACUACAAUCAGCAAGGAGAAUGCGAAUGGCACUAUAAACCUUGUGGUGCUUCCUGUAUGAAGACCUGUAAGAACCCAAGUGGAAAAUGCCUCAAUGACCUGCCAGGUUUAGAAGGCUGCUACCCUAACUGCCCACCAGACAAGCCAUAUUUUAAUGAGGAUCAGAUGAAGUGUGUUAGUCUCUGUGACUGUUAUGAUGAUGAAGAUGGAAAGAUAUAUAAGCGGGAUGAAUGUAAUAUAUGUGAGUGCACAUCAGAAGGUUUACAGUGCAAGUUCGAUGAUAAAGCCUGCAACUGCAUUUAUGAAGGGAAUAGCUAUAAAUAUGGUGAACUCAUCUACAACACCACAGAUGGAACUGGAUGGUGUUUCAGUGCAACAUGCGAUGUCAAUGGAACAAUAAGCAGAAACAUCUUUAAAUGUGGCAUUUUUACAACAACCCCAUUUACAUUUUCCACAAGUCAGCCCACAACUGCUGCUUCAGAAACGACAACUGCAACACCAAUGACAACUGUAUGUGUGAAAAAUGUCUGUGUGUGGUCAGAAUGGUAUGACACCACUCAGCCUGAAAACAAAGAGGACAGUGGAGAUUAUGAAACGUAUCAAAAUCUCAAGGAUAAAGGAUACAGUGUGUGUACAAACCCAAGCGAUGUUCAGUGCAGAGCCAAAGAACACCCAGAUACUGAAAUCACCAACCUUAACCAAACUGUAGAGUGUAGUCAAAGCAGGGGAUUAAUAUGCAAUAACCAGGACCAAGAAUCUAAGCAGUGCUAUAAUUAUGAACUCAGAAUAUUAUGCUGCAGAUACAUACCGUGUUCAGAAGCACAAACUACAACAACCACAACCACAAGAGAAUUCACAACUACUGCUGUAGAAUCAACUCCAUUUACAGUACAGACAACAAUCAUACCAACAACACAAAAACAAGAAAGUGAAGUAACUACAACACCAAUGAGAGACCGAGAAAGAACGACGACUCAGACCGAAACGUCAGUAACAACAACAACAACAUCACAAUUUUCAACAACAGGGUACCAAAUCACAACUACUACAGCAGAAAGCUCCACUGUGGCAACAACAGUACCUAUCCCUGCCACUAGCACUGCCAGCACAUCCAGGACUACCGAGAGAAGUACCACAAGAACUUCUGCAACAUCUGCUCCAGGAGAAACCUCCACUGUGGCAACUCAGACUCCAACAUCUCCCACUACACACCCUGAUGUUAAAAUAAGAACCACCACAGGCACCACGGCUGGCCCCAGCACCACGGUCUCACCCAGAGAGGGCACAACCAUCAUCACUACCACCACCAGCACCUCUCCCCCUGUGACUGAAGGCACAACCACCAUCACCCCACCCACAACAACAGUGCCUACCCCUGCCACCAGCACUGCCAGCACCUCCAGGACCACAGCAGGAAGCACCACAAGAACCUCUGCCACCUCUGCUCCAGGAGAAACCUCCACUGUGGCAACCCAGUCUACAACAUCUCCCACAACACCCUCCGAAGUUAAAAUAAGAACCACCACAGUACCUAUCCCUGCCACAAGCACUGCAAGCACAUCCAGGACUACCGAGAGAAGUACCACAAGAACUUCUGCAACAUCUGCUCCAGUUGAAACCUCCACUGUGGCAACCCAGUCUACAUCUCCCACCACACCCUCCAAAGUUAAAAUAAGAACCACCACAGGCACCACAGCUGGCCCCAGCACCACGGUCUCACCCAGAGAGGGCACAACCAUCAUCACUACCACCACCAGCACCUCUCCCACUGUGACUGAAGGUACAACCAUCAUCAUCCCGACAACAACAAGAGUGCCCACACCAGCCACAAGCACUGCCAGCACCUCCAAGAUUACCACAGCAGGAAGCACCACAAUAACCUCUCCCAACUCUACUCCAGGAGAAAGCUCCACUGUGGCAACCCAGUCUACAACAUCUCCCACAACACCCUCUGAUGUUAAAAUAAGAACAACAACAGCACCUAUCCCUGCCAGCAGCACUGCCAGCACCUCCAGGACUACCGAGAGAAGUACCACAAGAGCUUCUGCAACAUCUGCUCCAGGAGAAACCUCCACUGUGGCAACUCAGACUCCAGCAUCUCCCACCACACACCCUGAUGUUAAAAUAAGAACCACCACAGGCACCACGGCUGGCCCCAGUACCGCGGUCUCACCCAGAGAGGGCACAACCAUCAUCACUACCACCACCAGCACCUCUCCCCCUGUGACUGAAGGUACAACCAUCAUCAUCCCGACAACAACAAGAGUGCCCACACCAGCCACAAGCACUGCCAGCACAUCCAGGACUACCGAGAGAAGUACCACAAGAGCUUCUGCCACCUCUGCUCCAGGAGAAACCUCCACUGCAGCAACCCAGACUACAACAUCUCCCACAACACCCUCUGAAGUUAAAAUAAGAACCACCACAGGCACCACAGCUGGUCCCAGCACCGUGGUCUCACCCAGAGAGAGCACAACCAUCAUCACUACCACAACCAGCACCUCUCCGCCUCAGACCGAAGGCACAACCACCAUCACCCCACCCACAACAACAACUCCAGGCAACACCACUAUCCGCAUGUCCAAUAGCACUGACAGCUGCGUGGUGGAGAGCUGUGCCUGGACACAGUGGUUUAAUGUGGACUCCCCUACUCCAGGCAGCGAAAAUGGAGAUUUAGAGACAUUUGAAAACAUCCGAGCUGCUGGCUAUGAGUUGUGUGAGAAGCCUCAAGACAUCAAGUGCCGAGCUAAAGACUACCCUGACACAAUUGUGAAAAUAAUGGAACAGAAAUUUGACUGCAGUCUUGACAGGGGGCUUGUGUGCAGAAAUAAGGAUCAGACUAUUAAGUACCCCACCUGCUUCGACUACGAGGUCUCAGUGCUGUGCUGUGACCGAAAACACUGCCAGACAACAGUGCCAACCGCAGGAACCACUGUAAGCACCACGACAACAUACUUCCCAGCAGAAACGACCACAGUAGUAACAAAACCUGCAGGAACACCAACUGCUGCCACAACACUUCCACAGCAAGAAAUGACAACCACUCUAGGAACAACAAGGACCCUCUCAACAGAAGGAACCACCAUCGUCACCCCAAAACACACAGAGCCUAUGAAAAUACAAACCACCACAGGCAGCACGGCUGUCCCAAGCACCAAGGCUUCAGCCACAGAGGGCACAACCAUCAUCACUACCACCACCAGCACCUCUCCCCCUGUGACUGAAGGUACAACCAUCAUCAUCCCGACAACAACAAGAGUGCCCACACCAGCCACUAGCACUGCAAGCACCUCCAGGACCACUGAGAGAAGUACCACAAGAGCUUCUGCCACCUCUGCUCCAGGAGAAACCUCCACUGCAGCAACCCAGCCUACAUCAUCUCCCACAACACCCUCCGAAGUUAAAAUAAGAACCACCACAGUACCUAUCCCUGCCACUAGCACUGCCAGCACAUCCAGGACUACCGAGAGAAGUACCACAAGAGCUUCUGCCACCUCUGCUCCAGGAGAAACCUCCACUUUGGCAACUCAGACUCCAGCAUCUCCCACCACACACCCUGAUGUUAAAAUAAGAACCACCACAGGCACCACGGCUGGCCCCAGCACCACGGUCUCACCCAGAGAGGGCACAACCAUCAUCACUACCACCACCAGCACCUCUCCCCCUGUGACUGAAGGUACAACCACCAUCACCCCACCCACAACAACAGUGCCUACCCCUGCCACCAGCACUGCCAGCACCUCCAGGACCACAGCAGGAAGCACCACAAGAACCUCUGCCACCUCUGCUCCAGGAGAAACCUCCACUGCAGCAACCCAGCCUACAUCAUCUCCCACAACACCCUCCGAAGUUAAAAUAAGAACCACCACAGUACCUAUCCCUGCCACUAGCACUGCCAGCACAUCCAGGACUACCGAGAGAAGUACCACAAGAACUUCUGCAACAUCUGCUCCAGGAGAAACCUCCACUGUGGCAACUCAGACUCCAACAUCUCCCACCACACACCCUGAUGUUAAAAUACGAACCACCACAGGCACCACGGCUGGCCCCAGUACCGCGGUCUCACCCAGAGAGGGCACAACCAUCAUCACUACCACCACCAGCACCUCUCCCCCUGUGACUGAAGGUACAACCAUCAUCAUCCCGACAACAACAAGAGUGCCCACACCAGCCACUAGCACUGCAAGCACCUCCAGGACUACUGAGAGAAGUACCACAAGAGCUUCUGCCACCUCUGCUCCAGGAGAAACCUCCACUGCAGCAACCCAGCCUACAUCAUCUCCCACAACACCCUCUGAAGUUAAAAUAAGAACCACCACAGUACCUAUCCCUGCCACUAGCACUGCCAGCACAUCCAGGACUACCGAGAGAAGUACCACAAGAACUUCUGCAACAUCUGCUCCAGGAGAAACCUCCACUGUGGCAACUCAGACUCCAACAUCUCCCACCACACACCCUGAUGUUAAAAUAAGAACCACCACAGGCACCACGGCUGGCCCCAGCACCACGGUCUCACCCAGAGAGGGCACAACCAUCAUCACUACCACCACCAGCACCUCUCCCCCUGUGACUGAAGGUACAACCAUCAUCAUCCUGACAACAACAAGAGUGCCCACACCAGCCACAAGCACUGCCAGCACAUCCAGGACUACCGAGAGAAGUACCACAAGAGCUUCUGCCACCUCUGCUCCAGGAGAAACCUCCACUGUGGCAACUCAGACUCCAGCAUCUCCCACCACACACCCUGAUGUUAAAAUAAGAACCACCACAGGCACCACGGCUGGCCCCAGCACCACGGUCUCACCCAGAGAGAGCACAACCAUCAUCACUACCACAACCAGCACCUCUCCCCCUGUGACUGAAGGUACAACCACCAUCACCCCACCCACAACAACAGUGCCUACCCCUGCCUCCAGCACUGCCAGCACCUCCAGGACCACAGCAGGAAGCACCACAAGAACCUCUGCCACCUCUGCUCCAGGAGAAACCUCCACUGCAGCAACCCAGCCUACAUCAUCUCCCACAACACCCUCCGAAGUUAAAAUAAGAACCACCACAGUACCUAUCCCUGCCACUAGCACUGCCAGCACAUCCAGGACUACCGAGAGAAGUACCACAAGAACUUCUGCAACAUCUGCUCCAGGAGAAACCUCCACUGUGGCAACUCAGACUCCAACAUCUCCCACCACACACCCUGAUGUUAAAAUACGAACCACCACAGGCACCACGGCUGGCCCCAGUACCGCGGUCUCACCCAGAGAGGGCACAACCAUCAUCACUACCACCACCAGCACCUCUCCCCCUGUGACUGAAGGUACAACCAUCAUCAUCCCGACAACAACAAGAGUGCCCACACCAGCCACUAACACUGCAAGCACCUCCAGGACUACUGAGAGAAGUACCACAAGAGCUUCUGCCACCUCUGCUCCAGGAGAAACCUCCACUGCAGCAACCCAGCCUACAUCAUCUCCCACUACACCCUCCGAAGUUAAAAUAAGAACCACCACAGUACCUAUCCCUGCCACUAGCACUGCCAGCACAUCCAGGACUACCGAGAGAAGUACCACAAGAACUUCUGCAACAUCUGCUCCAGGAGAAACCUCCACUGUGGCAACUCAGACUCCAACAUCUCCCACCACACACCCUGAUGUUAAAAUAAGAACCACCACAGGCACCACGGCUGGCCCCAGCACCACGGUCUCACCCAGAGAGGGCACAACCAUCAUCACUACCACCACCAGCACCUCUCCCCCUGUGACUGAAGGUACAACCAUCAUCAUCCCGACAACAACAAGAGUGCCCACACCUGCCACAAGCACUGCCAGCACAUCCAGGACUACCGAGAGAAGUACCACAAGAGCUUCUGCCACCUCUGCUCCAGGAGAAACCUCCACUGCAGCAACCCAGCCUACAUCAUCUCCCACAACACCCUCCGAAGUUAAAAUAAGAACCACCACAGUACCUAUCCCUGCCACUAGCACUGCCAGCACAUCCAGGACUACCGAGAGAAGUACCACAAGAACUUCUGCAACAUCUGCUCCAGGAGAAACCUCCACUGUGGCAACUCAGACUCCAACAUCUCCCACCACACACCCUGAUGUUAAAAUAAGAACCACCACAGGCACCACGGCUGGCCCCAGCACCACGGUCUCACCCAGAGAGGGCACAACCAUCAUCACUACCACCACCAGCACCUCUCCCCCUGUGACUGAAGGUACAACCAUCAUCAUCCCGACAACAACAAGAGUGCCCACACCAGCCACAAGCACUGCCAGCACAUCCAGGACUACCGAGAGAAGUACCACAAGAGCUUCUGCCACCUCUGCUCCAGGAGAAACCUCCACUGUGGCAACUCAGACUCCAGCAUCUCCCACCACACACCCUGAUGUUAAAAUAAGAACCACCACAGGCACCACGGCUGGCCCCAGCACCACGGUCUCACCCAGAGAGGGCACAACCAUCAUCACUACCACCACCAGCACCUCUCCCCCUGUGACUGAAGGUACAACCACCAUCACCCCACCCACAACAACAGUGCCUACCCCUGCCUCCAGCACUGCCAGCACCUCCAGGACCACAGCAGGAAGCACCACAAGAACCUCUGCCACCUCUGCUCCAGGAGAAACCUCCACUGCAGCAACCCAGCCUACAUCAUCUCCCACAACACCCUCCGAAGUUAAAAUAAGAACCACCACAGUACCUAUCCCUGCCACUAGCACUGCCAGCACAUCCAGGACUACCGAGAGAAGUACCACAAGAACUUCUGCAACAUCUGCUCCAGGAGAAACCUCCACUGUGGCAACUCAGACUCCAACAUCUCCCACCACACACCCUGAUGUUAAAAUAAGAACCACCACAGGCACCACGGCUGGCCCCAGCACCACGGUCUCACCCAGAGAGGGCACAACCAUCAUCACUACCACCACCAGCACCUCUCCCCCUGUGACUGAAGGUACAACCAUCAUCAUCCCGACAACAACAAGAGUGCCCACACCAGCCACAAGCACUGCCAGCACAUCCAGGACUACCGAGAGAAGUACCACAAGAGCUUCUGCCACCUCUGCUCCAGGAGAAACCUCCACUGUGGCAACUCAGACUCCAGCAUCUCCCACCACACACCCUGAUGUUAAAACAAGAACCACCACAGGCACCACGGCUGGCCCCAGCACCAUGGUCUCACCCAGAGAGGGCACAACCAUCAUCACUACCACCACCAGCACCUCUCCCCCUGUGACUGAAGGUACAACCACCAUCACCCCACCCACAACAACAGUGCCUACCCCUGCCUCCAGCACUGCCAGCACCUCCAGGACCACAGCAGGAAGCACCACAAGAACCUCUGCCACCUCUGCUCCAGGAGAAACCUCCACUGCAGCAACCCAGCCUACAUCAUCUCCCACAACACCCUCCGAAGUUAAAAUAAGAACCACCACAGUACCUAUCCCUGCCACUAGCACUGCCAGCACAUCCAGGACUACCGAGAGAAGUACCACAAGAACUUCUGCAACAUCUGCUCCAGGAGAAACCUCCACUGUGGCAACUCAGACUCCAGCAUCUCCCACCACACACCCUGAUGUUAAAAUAAGAACCACCACAGGCACCACGGCUGGCCCCAGCACCACGGUCUCACCCAGAGAGGGCACAACCAUCAUCACUACCACCACCAGCACCUCUCCCCCUGUGACUGAAGGUACAACCACCAUCACCCCACCCACAACAACAGUGCCUACCCCUGCCUCCAGCACUGCCAGCACCUCCAGGACCACAGCAGGAAGCACCACAAGAACCUCUGCCACCUCUGCUCCAGGAGAAACCUCCACUGCAGCAACCCAGCCUACAUCAUCUCCCACAACACCCUCCGAAGUUAAAAUAAGAACCACCACAGUACCUAUCCCUGCCACUAGCACUGCCAGCACAUCCAGGACUACCGAGAGAAGUACCACAAGAACUUCUGCAACAUCUGCUCCAGGAGAAACCUCCACUGUGGCAACUCAGACUCCAACAUCUCCCACCACACACCCUGAUGUUAAAAUAAGAACCACCACAGGCACCACAGCUGGCCCCAGCAGCAUGGCCUCAGCUAGUGAGGGCACAACCAUCAUCACUACCACCACUAGCACUGUCUUCACUUCACCUGAAAUAACAUUAAUAACCACUUCUGGCCCCUCAGCUGCGUUCACUACCACUCUUCCUCAGUCUGGAAGUACUCCAGCAGCUUUAACUGGUACAUCACAAUCAAGUCAUGUUACAACAAGCACUCCUGCAACCUUCAGUUCUUCCACCAGUACAUCUGUUACAUCCAGCAAAAUACCUCCAUGCUUUUGUCAUGUGUUUGAAACUUUAUUUUCUCCUGGGGAAGUGGUAUACAACAGAACAGAUAGAGCUGGCUGUAAUUUUUAUGCACUUUGCAGCAAAGAAUGUGAGAUUGAGCCCUUCUAUGGGCCAUGUCCUGUGACAACUCCUGCUCCUUCAGUCGCCCCCUCAACUACAUCACAAGCUGCCUCACCAACCACAGCAACAACCACCACAACUUCAGUAGAAAGAAACUGCACUGAUGUCAACCCUGCACGAAAGCCUGGAGAGGAGUGGAUAGAUGAAUGCCAGAAGUGUGUCUGUGACUCCCUCACUGCUACUGUGCAAUGCCAGCCACUCCCAUGCCAAACAGCUCAGCAAACAAUUUGUGACCUAGGAUUUGUUCCCAUGGCUGUACUACCACAAAAAGACCCAUGUUGUCCUGCAUUUGAAUGCCAACCAAUACCUGAUGUCUGUGUGAUUAAUGGAACAUUGUACACGGUUGGAAAGUCAGUAGUAAUUGAUUCAUGUAAGAAGUGCACCUGCAGUUCUGAGAAGGAUCCAGAGACUAAUGCAAACAUUAUGCAUUGUGAAACAGUUCAGUGUGAGACAUCGUGCCCGCUGGGUUACCAGUACAUGACUGAGGAAGGAGAGUGCUGUGGGAAGUGUAUUGAAGUAGCUUGCAAAGUCAAACUCAGAAACAACACUGUUCAUGUGCUCAAUGUUAACGAGAUCCUGCCACUUGAUCAGUGCAGCCACUACAAAUGUGAAAAAAUUGAAGAUCAAUUUGUUGCAGUGGAAACUAAAAGAGUAUGCCCUGAGUACGACCCCACAGAGUGCGAUCCUGUAAGUUUUAGCAGUCUUUCAUUGACUCAAUUCAGUUUAAAUGAACAAGGAGGGACAAGGAAGACUACAGCAAAUCACUUCCACUGA